UUUUAUUGCAGGCUAAUCAGGACUGCCACUUGAGUGAGGUUGAUAGAGCAUACAAUAGAGGCCAGGAAGCGUUGGAAUCUUGGAAGCAGAAAGAAGUACCAUAUGUCAGGGCUAAUCAGGACUGCCACUUGGGUGAGGUUGAUAGAGCAUACAACAGAGGCCAGGAAGCGUUGGAAUCUUGGAAGAAGAAAGAAGUAUCAUAUGUCAGGGCUAAUCAGGACUACCACUUGGGUGAGGUUGAUAGAGCAUACAACAGAGGCCGGGAAGCGAUGGAAUCUUGGAAGCAGAAAGAAGUACCAUAUGUCAGGGCUAAUCAGGACAUCCACUUGGGUGAGGUUGAUAGAGCAUACAACAGAGGCCAGGAAGCGUUGGAAUCUUGGAAGCAGAAAGAAGUACCAUAUGUCAGGGCUAAUCAGGACUGCCACUUGGGUGAGGUUGAUAGAGCAUACAACAGAGACCAGGAAGCGUUGGAAUCUUGGAAGCAGAAAGAAGUACCAUAUGUCAGGGCUAAUCAGGACUGCCACUUGGGUGAGGUUGAUAGAGCAUACAACAGAGGCCAGGAAGCGUUGGAAUCUUGGAAGCAGAAAGAAGUACCAUAUGUCAGGGCUAAUCAGGACUGCCACUUGGGUGAGGUUGAUAGAGCAUACAACAGAGGCCAGGAAGCGUUGGAAUCUUGGAAGAAGAAAGAAGUAUCAUAUGUCAGGGGCGUUGGCAGAGCGAGGUCCCAUGGGCGUCAGAAGCCCUGUGCGAGGCCGAGGGAUGAUGAGGGGGUGGGGCUUUAGGAAACAUCCAGCAGAGGUGCUCGAUGACCUUUGCUAGAAGAAUGGAUGAGGAAGUCCUGUAUACCAGCUUCAUUCUCCCAUGGGAAGGGAUGGAAGUGGUGCCCAACAGCUCUUUUAGCAAGUACUGCAAGU